CUGACCCCCACCCACUGAAUCUCAACGCCAGGUCAACUGCUAACCUCUCACAGACCCGCUUGUUAUCGAGCCCUACUGUCUCUAGACCUUCGCUGUCCCCGCUCUCAACAUGGCUACACCUCAAAUCCAAUACUAUCACCACGGUCGCUUUCGUGUGGCUGGUGGCAUCCUUCCCGACGCCAUCACCGCCUUCUGCACAUACGGCGACCCCUCGAACCCAUGCAUCGUUUUUCCCACUUGCUAUGGCGGCAAGCUCGACAGUCAGGAAUACAUGGUUGGUGAGAACAAGGUGCUUGAUCCGCGAAAAUACUACAUCGUCACAUUUGCGCUGUUCUCAAACGGAGAGUCAUCCUCUCCCUCUAACACACCUGCUCCGUACGAUGGACCGUACUUCCCUGCGGUCACAUACGAGGAUAAUAUCCGAGCACAAUACAUUGUCCUUACCAAACAUCUCGGGAUAAAAAAGGUCUUCUGUGUCGUCGGCUUCUCCAUGGGCGCCCAGCAGGCAUACUACUGGCCCGUCGCGUACCCCGACUUCGUCGAGAGCUACAUACCAAUUUGCGGUUCAGCUCGCACCAGUCCGCACAACUACUGCUUCCUCGAGGGCCCGAAGGCUGCGCUCGCUGCGUCGAAGGACUUUGACAACGGACACUACAAAUCCGUACCCCAACACGGCAUCCGCGCGUUUGGACGUGCGUACAGCGCCUGGGCCUACAGCCAGACCUGGUUCCGCGAGCAUCACUACCUACACAACAACACCUACACCGACCUGCACACCUUCCUCCGCGAAGAAUGGGAAGCCGGCUUCCUCAACGGAUGGGACGCCAACGACCUCCUCGUCCUCCUCGCGACCUGGCAGACCGGCGACGUCUCCCUCAUCCGCGAUAGCGGCGACCUCCCGCGCGCGCUCGGCGCCAUCAAGGCCCGUGGACUGAUCAUGCCGUGCCGGACCGAUCUCUACUUCACCCCCGAGGACAGCAUCGAGGAGAUGAAGCAUCUUAAGAACGCCCGGCUUGUCAUUAUCGAGUCUAUUUGGGGACAUAUGGCCGGUGGGGGCUCGAACGAAGUCGAUGACAAGUUCAUGCAGGAAGAAGUCCGCAGGUUUCUGGAAGAACCCUAGGAAAGCACUUUGCGCCAGAAAUGUGAGGACAGUGUAAGAUAGACGUCGAAGGGCUAUUUGCAUGUAUGCGCAGUUUGUAAAAAUGACAUGUUUUUAC